AAUUUACCGAAAUUUCAGUCUAGCGUCAUCGAUUCAUUCAGCUGCAAAAUUUCGUGCAACGAUGCACUCUAAAUAAACCACAAUCCGUAACAUUCCCGAGCCAAUCCCGUCCAGCGGCGGGCAUCUACUACAAAUCAAGUUAACUCAAACUGAUUAAGUAGUCAUUGUUAUUUUCCCCAAGUGAACACAACGAAAGCAAACAAGUGAGCAUUUUCGCAAAGGAAAAAAAAUAGAAGAAACAAUUAAUUGCUCAACGAAAACGGUGAACAUGAACAAUCCGAGUGCCAUCGCGGUGAAGGCCCGGAUCCUGGAGAUGACGGGCGAGCACGUGGACCAGCUGCACACGAUGUGGUCGCACUUGUUCGAGGCCAAGACCUGCGGCGAAUUCCUUCUCCGGCUGAAGGACCAUGUGCACAGUUUCUUCACGGAUUUGCUCAACGAGUCGCGCGAAAAACAGCAGGCGAUCCUCAAUGAUAUAGCCGCCUUGCGGGCGGAGGCCACAGACCUGACGCGUCUGCUCCACGAGCCGGUGGACAUGGGCGAGCGGCCGGACGACAUGCCGCUGGUCGUCUGGGAGCUGAAGCUGGACAAGAGCAUCGAGCAUUUGCGCGAAGAGCUGGCCAGACGGCGAGCGGAGAUCUGUGAACUUUUGCUCCAGCAGGAGCAACUGUGUGAGGAGCUGGGCGAACUGCCUAAGCCACUGUUGGCCGAUCCACUGCCGCUGCCCGAUGAGAUGGACGCGUUCCGGGAUCGCCUAGCCCAGCUACGCGAUCAGCGGGUGCUGCGCCUCAAGGAGAUGGACCAGCUGCGCCAGAGCAUCAAGCACGACAUGAAGCUGCUGGAGUGCCUUCCCCAAACGGACACAGAGGAGCGUCUGCUCAACCAGGUGGAUCACUGCCUAACGCCAGAGACCUUCGAGCGCCUGCGUCACAUGCAAAAGAACUUCGCCGAUCAGGUGAAGGAGCUGAGGGAGCGCAUCGAUGAUAUGCGCGAAAAGAUUCAUGUUCUGUGGGACAGACUCCAGGAGACGGACGAGUAUGCCAUGCGUCGCGUGCGCGAGUCCACGUCAUACACACAACGCACCUACGACGUCUUGCGAGAGGAACUGCAGCGCUGCCAGGCACUGCGACGUCAGAAUUUAAAGACCUUCAUCGAGCAGCUGCGGAUCGAGAUCAAGGAGAUGUGGGAUCUCACACUUAAGAGCCAGCAGGAGCGCAAGCGCUUCUCGAACUACUACAACGACUGGUACAACGAAGAUCUGCUGGAGCUGCACGAACUGGAGCUGGACGACCUAAAGACCUUCUACAACAAGAACAAGGAGAUCUUCGAUCUGUACGAAAGCCGAGCCGAACUCUGGUCACGCAUGGAGGCACUGGAAGCCAAGGCGAGCGAGCCAAAUCGUUUCAACAAUCGCGGCGGCCAGUUGCUUAAGGAGGAAAAGGAGCGCAAGGCCAUCACCUCCAAGCUGCCCAAGAUUGAGCAGCAGAUCACGGAGCUGGUGCAGGCAUACGAGGCGCAGGAGAACACACCCUUUCUGGUGCACGGGGAGAAAAUCCUGGAUCUGAUGGCCGCCGACUGGGAGCGUCAUCGCCAGGCCAAGCAACAGAGCUCGGCGCGCAAGAAGGCACCGGCGUCGGCCAGCAAGAUAAUGCCACCACCAGCAGCGGGUUCGACGGCCCUUCGCACGCCACGCACACUGCGCAACAUGUCGACCUUCUCCAGCUCCACCAUGUCGCUGCGUAUGACACCCUCGCAGCAGCAACUCCGUCCCCUAAACAUCACCAAGAGCACGGGCAAUCUGCACAAGCGCCUGAAUCCAUCCAGCCUGGCGACAGGCCCCAAAACACCGAACGCCAAGCGCAGCUUGAUGAACACCCUGAACUCGAUGAAGGCGUCGCCAGCCAAGCACCUGCUAGCCGCCAGCCAGCAGCAAAACCAGCUGAAGGCCACCAAGUCGCCGCUAAAGCGGGUGCGCGUUCUGGACAACACACUGCGACGCAGCGGCGGAUUGGGCAGGCGUAGCAUUGGAACGCGCUCGAGCAAAAAGGCGCGCACCAAGUCGAACGACCAGAACGCCCCACCAGACACCGACUACACAACAGACGAGAAUGGCGAGCAGGGAGUCAGCUAUGACGAAUUCCAGCCGUCCAGUCGCUCUUCGAUGCUGCCGCGCCAGCGUCACCAAUUGGCCUUGCCCCGAGCUCGUCGUGCCAAUCUGCCGGUGCCACGGAACGCCUGAUGAUCGUGCAGCCGCGCAGCCGCGCAGACAGUUCUAGUUACACUGGAGAUUAACUAGCUUAACACGUACCUACUUUACUAUUUCAUAACAGUUGGCGUUUCUUGAUGUAUUUCAUUUUUUAUUUUCUGUUUUACGUUUUCAUAAUAAAAAUUAUGUGUGUGUUUUUCGCUUGACCACAA